AUGACUGAAGGUAUGUGUAUGUUAUUUUGUUUCCGCUGCACUUUGAAUUUUGUCUUACAGAAACUCCCUGAUGUCCUGCUGAUGGACAUCCUUUGUCGACUCGGUCGCCAAAGGGCUUUCCAAUGCAAGUGUGUCUCCAAGCACUGGAAUUCUCUUAUUUCCCAUCCUUACUUUGUUCACCACCGCCACUGCCACCGCAACCGCCACAGCGAUUCCGAGGGCCUUCUUAUCGUGUUAACUAUCGCUUGUUACGUACAAGCCUUCGUGACUGAUAAAUCACUAGAAUUCUUCAAUGUUCUCAAAUUUCUUCCCUUCCCAGAACAUCAUCUUUCCAUCUACGCCUCCUUCAACGACUUAUUACUGGUACGCAACUUUAUUCCAUUGCGCUUGGACUUGUCGUUGCAGUUCAUCAUCUGUAAUCCCCUUACAAGACAAUGGCUCGCAAUUCCUCCAAUCUUCUCUCAGGACUAUCGGUUGGGGGGAGAGAGAGAUAUUUUGGUCGGCCUAAUUAUACGACAGCGGGAGAAUUAUCCAUAUAGCAACAGAUAUAAAGUGGUACGCAUUCAUUGUCCUUUCGAAACUACUACUACUCAGAUAAAGAUGGAGACCUUUUCUUCGGAAACUGGUGAAUGGUGCAACUUGUUUGUCGAGUCACCACGGGUAUUGAGUCCCUGCAAUUCAAUUUCUAGGCAGGCUGGUGUUUUUCCAUGCAAUGGGAUGCUGCAUUGGGUGGAUGCAGAUCAGGAAUUCGUCAAAGGCUUUCUUCUCUACGAUCCAUUCAACGACAUUGGCCACCUUCGUUAUAUCGAUCCACCCGUAGAGAUAAACUUUUCACCUACAGACCUCGUCUUCUUCGGAGUGUUCCGUGGGCGUCUUCGGAUAAUCCAGAAUAGUCACACGCCUUUUUACUAUUGGAUUCGUCCUCGUCUUUACUGUUUUUCUGUUUGGGAACUUGAGGAUUACGCCAAUGCGGGUACAUGGUGCUUGAAAUGCAAAAUUAAAUUCUUCGACAUAGUUUCACAAUGUCCUCGCGUCGGCCGCCCCGUUAUUAAUUUCCUGGCCUUCCACACAAAUGCUGCUGAACUUGUCCUCUUUCAAAUCGGGAAGGACAUUUUAUGGUACAACGUGAACACUAAGGUGUUCAAAGAGAUCGGCAAACUACGGCGAGUUGAGGAGGAGUUCUCAAAUGUUCGUCCUCCUAUAUUCCUACUUGGGUACCAAUCGUGGCCAACACCAAUUCCUCGACGCCCAUUGGAGUUGGAAUGA